AUGAAUAAUCCUUAUCAGCCAUAUAGACCAUAUUCAAGAUUACCAAAUACUUCUAUUCAUAACCCAAACAUAAUGAAUUAUGUUGAUUCUGUACUAUCAAAAUCAAGGAAUAAUUAUGCUUCUGUUUAAUUAGACUCAUAACCAAGAUAUCAACCAUAUUAAACUAACUUAAAUAAAACCGAUACAGACUUAAAAAACAAAAGUAAUUCUCCUAUAAUCCUUUCUUAAAAGUCAAUGGUUAUUUAACCUACUUUAAAAUCAAAAUAUGAUUACUAAUCUCCAAAAAAGAUUGAAUCUCUAUCCCAUUAAUAAGAUAUUCCUUUAGUAAUCCAGCUCAUUCCAUAAAUGUCUAAUGUUAAAGAAGAAUAAACAUAAGUAUAAAUAUUAUUAAACAAUAAGAAAUAAGUUUCUACUCCUCUUAAUUAAACAAGCUCUUCAAUUAAAAUACCAGAAAAACCAAAAGCAAAAUACAAGAAUUUUGAUAUAAUCAAAAAACUAGGAGAUGGAUAAUAUAGUGAAGUAUUUCUAGCAAAACACAUUGAAACAGGAUUUUUAGUUGCUUUGAAAGUUAUUCAAAAAGCAUAAAUUAUAAAAGAGAAUAUGCAAGCUUAAUUAGCAUGGGAAAUUAAAAUAUAAUAUCUUCUCGAACAUCCUAAUAUUACUAGACUUUAUACCUUUUUCUAAACUCGUAAAUUUUUAUACUUAAUUUAGCCACUGAAAUUGUCCUUGUCUUAGAGUAUUGCUCACAUGGAUAAUUAAAUACUCUUUAACAAAUAUAACCUAUGAAAAAAUUUUAAGAAAGAAUAGCAGUAUAAUAUGUUUAAUAAAUUACAUUUGCACUUAUGUAUAUACAUAAUCAAGAUGUUAUCCAUAGAGAUAUUAAACCUGAUAAUAUUCUUUUGAGUUUUGGAUAAGUUAAAUUAGCUGAUUUCUCUUUUUGUGUUUAUUCUCCAGAUGAAGAUAGAUAAACUCAAUGUGGAACCAUUAUAUAUGCAUCCCCUUAAAUUCUAGAAGGAGAAACAUAUGAUAAAAAAAGUGAUAUUUGGGGUUUGGGAGUCUUAACUUAUGAAUUAUGUUUUGGAAAACCACCUUGGAAAGAAAAUUAAUAAGAAUUGAUGAAAACUGUAAUCAUACACAUUAGUUUAGGCUUGCUUUAUGAUUCCUUACACUGCAUCCAGAGAUUUAAAAGAUUUCAUUGAAAAUCUUAUGAAACGACUUUCUCGAGAUCGAUUUACUGCUUAACAAGCGUACAAUCAUGCAUGGCUUUAAAGAAUUGCGUAAAUUGUACCCUAUUAUAUUACAAAUAAUCAAUCUUUAUUUUUAUGA